CACCGAGCCAGAGAGGGAGAUCAAAGCAGCGGCUGCAGCUCUUCACAAGCUCCCCUGACACAACUGCUUGCCAAGAUGGGACGGAAACUGGAUCUUUCCAAGCUAACAGAUGAAGAGGCCAAGCACGUUUGGGAGGUGGUUCAACGGGACUUUGAUCUGCGGAAGAAAGAGGAAGAAAGAUUGGAGGACCUGAAAUGCAAGAUUGAAAAAGAGGGCACCAAGAGGGAGCUCUUGUCCAACCAGUCCCACCUCAACGAGACCCACUGCGUCCACUGCCUGCAGCCCUUCAAGUUCCUGGUGAACAGCAAGCGCCAGUGCUUGGACUGCCACUUCUACACCUGCAAGAACUGCAGCCGCUACCACAAAAAGGAGCAAGCCUGGAUCUGCGACCCUUGCCGCUUAUCCAGGAUUGUGAAGAUUGGCUCCCUGGAGUGGUAUUAUGAACACGUGAGAUCCCGUUUCAAGCGGUUUGGAAGUGCUAAAGUGAUGCGGUCUCUCUACGGCAGGUUACAGCAUGGGCAGAAAAUGAAUCCAACGUUGCUAGGUCUUCAUGGCAGAGUUUACAGCUUGCCAGACAUCAACAGUGAGUGCCAGCUGCGUGCCAGCGGCGGGGUGCGCAGUGACAGCGAUGAUGAAGACGACCUCGUGGAUGGCGCCGAAGCUGAGCACUAUACUAGGAUGCGCAAGACAAAGCGCCUGCUGUCUGUUCAUCCUUUUGAUUUUGAACUGGACUCAGAAUAUUCCGCUCAAUCACGCCGUCAAUCUGUGCAGCUUUCUCAAACUCCGGUCAACCAGGAUGGCCACCAGUCAUUCCCGGACUUCCCUGAUGCCGGUGAGGACACCUCCCGGAAGGAGACAAUGAUCGCUGAAGCAGACCUGGCUGCAGUGUUCCACCAGAUCCUUCAGGAGCAGGGACAACAUAUGACCCCUCCAGAGCAGGAAUUUAGCACCGAGGUCCGGCUGACAGUGAACUCACGAAGGAAGAGCCUGGAAAGGAAUCCCAAACCCGGCAGCCCAUGGACCGAGCGGCACCGACCCCAGUACUCAGCGGAUAUGGACACCUCGGAUGAGGACGUAAAGGGAGCCCAGAAGAUACCUGUCUACCAGCCCCAUCACGUGAAACGCCGAAACAGAGCCUCCUCCCAGGAGAAUAUAAACCACUCUGGAAAUCAGAUAUUUGAACUCAACAAACGCAUGUCAGCUAUUGAACACAUGCUGAACCGUCUGGAGGAAAGAAUCCUGGUGCACUCAGAAGAGUCUCCGGCCCCUGAGUCCCACACCGAUGCAGAUGUGGAAGAGGAGGAAUUGAAGAGGAAGCUGGAAGAGUUAGCCAGCAACAUCAGCGACAAAGGAGUUUCUUCUGAGGAAGAGGAGGAAAAGAAGAAGGGUGAACCAAAACCCGAAAUGAGCUCCUCCAGGAGUGACCCACCCAGUGAUGCUCAGAAGGUCUGCACGACUGCUGGGAAGACAUCCGGGCUGGACCAAACCCCGAGGGACCUAGAGGAACGUGCGCGGCACAGCGGGACCACAGACUCUGAGCUGUCAGAGCUGGAGGACAAAGUGGCAUCAGCAGCCGUGCAGAUGCAGCGUGCCGAGAGCGAGGUUUCCGAUAUAGAGUCUCGAAUCGCAGCUCUGAGUGCUGCUGGGCUGACAGUGAAACCAGUGGAAAAGCCAAAGAAGAAAUACAGCACACAGGUAAUGUCUAUGCCACAGGUGUUAAGGAGAAAAUUCAACAGUUCUCUUGAAAUUGGCGACGGCGACGAAUCCUUUGAUCGAAACUCCAUUUACCGAGGCUCUUUGACACAGAGGAACCCCAACGGGAAGAACAGGAAAGCAGAUCGCGUCUUCGCGAAGCCUGUGAUGACCCAUCGACCCUGAAGAAGAUGGAGCCUCCCGACACUGCAAUUUUACUAACAAUGCCCGGCCUCAGCUCAGAGCUUCACCUUUAUUUCCCUCAACACAUUCUCCAAAGGGCUGGACAGCGAGGAGGAGGCAGUCCCGUGGGACAGGGAAAUCCUGCCGAGUUGUGCUUACAGAGCUCCGGCUCCACCUCGCUACUCAAGCAACUAAGUCCCAAUAAGAAUCUUGCUGCCUGUUCCUGACAGGGAUUUCCAGCCCACAGUGUCUGGCAAAGCAGCCCCAGCUGUCACACCACACACCCACUAUGUCUCUUCCGCAAGUCUCCAUUGUUGUGAAACCAGGGCAUCUGUCUGCAUUUGAAAGCAGUGUUGUCCAGGCUGGUAGCUGUGAGAGUUAACUCAGUGGGCCAGAUACAUGCUGGGGGAGGUUUAGGUUGGA